AUGCCUAGAUCUAAGGCAGUGGGUAGACCCGAAAUCUCGUUGGUUCCAUCCAGCAACGAGAACGAUGAUCCAAUCAAUAUCUCGGCCUUCAAGGAGCUAUUUACGUUCAUUGAUUAUAGAAACAACAUUGAAGAUCCCACCAAGGACCACCCUGAUGUGGAAGACAAUCGAGUUGCUGCUGAGUCCAUGGUCUCCGGUGCUCAAUUCAGCGCCAUGUUCAGUGAGGCCAAUUCUUCGCUGUCGGUACCUAGUCAGCCAGACCUUGGCCUCUUCGUGGACGAUUCUGAUGAUGAGGAGGAAUAUGAGUACAACGAGCUAUCCGCCGACUCACGUGUCGUGGUUGUGUCUGGAUGCCCACCAUCGGCCCAGAACCUCAACCUAGAGAAACGUGUGUUAGAUGUGGUGAAACCGGUCGGUUUUGAUCGACCGAAGCUCUAUUUUGAGAACCUCUGUUGCGCCGCUAUUGAACAACAGCAGCUUAAUCUCAUCAAGUCGGCCAAGUUCGUGACGGAUGUUGAUACGAUGUGGGGCAUUUUCGCAACCCUGCACACUGAAGUGACUAACAAGAAACAUGGAGAUAAGUACAAGAGGAACAAAGGCCUUUUUAUUGCUGUGGAAGUUAUCGACCGUACGGUGUUCAUGAAGAUUUUGAAUCUUCAUAAUUGCGAUGACUGGGACGUGAAAAUCGCGGCAACAUAUCUGAGAAAGGAAGCAACGCACUGGUGCUAUGGCCCGGCGGUACAAGGUGGCUGGAAAGAGCCACAGGAAACCAAGACAUUCAAACGGGUGAUUUCUUACGCCAUCGGAGAUAUUAGAAUGGUUAUCCAAGAUGAGAAGCAAGCAUUGUCCGCCCAUCACGAUGCCAGCCGUCCCCACAACGACGACCUACCGGCUUAUACGGCAGUCCUGACACGGGGACUCGCAAAUGAGCAGACACAGAUGCUGCCUCGCAAACGUUCUGGCAAGGCUAAUCCCUACAUUGGAGAUGUUAGAUUGAUGUCCUACUUGUGGCUUUCCCAAAGCCAAAAAGCAUUUCUUUACAAGUAUAUUCACAAUCGAGAGGCUAGACGUAUCGAGUUCUUUGAUGACUUCGAGCUCUUCAAUGCCAGCUCCAGGAAGAGAAGCCAUCCCAAAUGCGGCUCCGAUGACGAAGAUCCUGAAGAAAAGACGAAGGUCGAUCAGUGGACAGAGAAGAAACCAAUCAAGAAAACCAUUCUGCUACUCCACCGCAUCUUGGGCCAAAUCAAAGAACAGGCUCAAGCUCAAGCAGAGAAGGGGGUAACUAGAUUUAUCCUCCGACAGGGCCGAAAGAUGGAUAAGAAGCUUGAGGUGGUAACCGACGCUCCGCAUCUGACUGUCAGGCUCCUGUCCCCGGCGAUCAGGGACGAACUUGCUAAAGUCGAGGUUGACAACUCAGAGGACGAUAGUGACUCCGAGGGUAGUGGCUGGAUCACGGAGAGCAGUGGUGAUUCCGAGAAUGACGAGAACCCAGACCAAGGUGGCGGAUCUGGUACGAACGAAGAAGUUCGUACAAAGAGACGUCAUGCAUAUAUGGACUUCGUCUAGGGGGAGGGAAUUAGGUUGCGCGAAAACAAUUAGUUAGGUGAUUUUCUGAAUUCAAUCACUUACAGGGCAUAUUAAAAAUAG